AUGGAUAAACCCACCGCUAUCCCCCCCGCUCCCGUCCGUGAGGCGCAGAAUGUCAACAUUGUGUCAACCUCCGCCAUUGUAAGAAAAGUGGAUCAAUGUCUCUCCAAGCUCUAUCCCGAGCAGCGUGAGGAUCCCAAUCCCAACCCCAAUUACCCUGAACCUGCAUCCACGCCUGCAACCGUAACUGCCUCCAGCACUACUACAGCUACUACAGCUACUGCUAUCACCUCCGAUUUCCCCGCCGUCUCAAUCACUUCAAAAGCCGCCACCGCCUCCAAGGCAAUCACGGUAGCUGAGAUCGUCAAGCGCUGCAUCGGCGAAAAAGGCGGACAAUGGUACCAGUACACGGCCCUGUCAAGUGUGACGAACGAUCUACCUGGAUCGCAGAAGCAGGAGAAGCAGCCACAGAAAAAGAAAAGGAAGACGGGCGACGAGGAUAAGGCGGGGGAGGAUGAGGAGGACCCAUACGCUCUUCUCGUGGAGAAGACACCGCCAAAGAAGAGAAAGGUGCCUUUGUUGACCAUCUACAUCUCCAGGUCGCCGAUACCGGAGCUUCAAAAGCUUCACGGACCUCUUUGCUCCAGCGAACAAUCAGGGCCUUAG